AUGAACAUGAAGGAGCAGAAAGACCAAUUGGAACUCCGUUCCAAACGGCAAGCAAUGAGCGUCUUAGACGAAAAGGUCAGGGCUGCCUUCAGAAAAGCAGCGCAGUUAUGGAGGGACGACACGUGCAUCGAUAUCAAAGAGUACAAGAGCUGGGAAGAACCAGGUUUUUCUUUUAAUUACCUUGACGUGGCCGAUGGAGACGGAUGCGUUUCGCAAGUUGGUAAAGCACAAGAAGGUCCGCAGGAACUCAAGCUCGGCAAAGGCUGUGGAACGGUAUGA